CAUUCACGUCUAUUAUUUUAUUUUUACAAAAUCAACUUAGUUAGUAGUAAAGUUGUUAACUAGUUGUAAUGGACGGGGUUAAAGAAGAAAUAAUUCACCAAACGGCACUAAAAUUAGCGGAAGAAAUAAAAAACUUAUCAAUAUACAAAUCUUUUUAUAACGAUGUACAGAAGCUAGUAGCAUCGCCAAAUGUGAAAAAAGAAGACUUUAAACAAACGCUGCAGCAGGCUAUGAAAGAAAAGGGAUUAGACACGAAAUUAAGGAACACUGUUUUCCAUUGGGUUCGAACGCAAAGUAAACAGAAUAAAUUAGAUCCUUUAACUUCACUAUCAAAAGCGAGCGCACAAUGGGAGAAGAGAAUACACAAAUCAUUAAAUUCCAUGUGUUCAGAUCUCGAAACGUCAUUAGCGAAAAUACGGCCACAAAGCGAACAGGACGAAUUAGCUGAUAAAUGGAAUGAAUUGAGCACAUACAAUUUAGAUUUAACAAAGUACCGGCCAGUUUACGCUCCGAAAGAUUUUUUAGAAGUUUUGUUAACACUAUCCGGAUAUGUUCCAUUCACGAGAGAAGACGAGCCAAAGUGGGAAUUCGCGCAUCUACCCCUUCAGGUGAAGACUUUAGAUCAAAUCAGAAAAUUAUACUUGGAGUGGUCAAGCGGGGAGUCACUUUUAGGCGCUAAUCCGCACAUGGCGAGCGCAGUGCCAGGGUUCGUCACUCUAGAGGCUGAGCGUGUCAGCUUGGGCGAAAGAGUAGCGGCUCUGGGUUACGCACCCGUGGUACAGGAAUAUUUGAAGAAGGGCAGCCCACAGUGUCUAAGGGCCAAAUUGUGGGCUCAAGUUCUAGGCUCGGAGAUCAAGGGACAGCAAAUAACAUAUUUCAAUCAACUAAAGAAAAGUGUUCUGGAAGUUGAUCUGAUGAUAGACAAGUUAAUAUUCAAAGACGUGCAGCUAACUGCCUCGAAUGAUGAUCAAUAUUUUGUGUUCGAAGAUGUAUUAUACCAGGUAAUGUUAUGUUUCUCCCGAGACUGCGACGUGAUGCAGCAGCUCAAGGGCAGCAUCGGUAGUCCUCUCACAGUCACUAUAAAGGGCAAACAGACAUCCACCGACAGCCUCACAGUCUUCCCUCCCAGCGGGGUCAUACCUUUUCAUGGAUUUACUAUGUAUGCAACUCCCUUUUGUUAUUUGUACGACGAUCCCGUGCAACUUUACUACACGUUUCGAGCGUUCUACAUAAGGUACUGGCAUCGACUACAUUACAUAUCGACACAUCCACAGGGUAUAGUAUCGUUAUGCCUUUUGUACGAGAGGCUUUUGGAAGCGAACGAACCUUUGUUAUGGAUACAUUUCAGAAAUAUAAACAUUAACCCAAUCAGAGUUGUAUUCAAGUGGUUAAUGCGGGCAUUCAGUGGGCACCUACCGCCGGAUCAACUGUUACUAUUAUGGGAUGCGAUACUAGGUUACGACUGCCUAGAAAUUCUGCCGUUGCUGGCGCUGGCGAUAUUGAGUUUCAGGAAAGAGAAUAUCUUCCAAGUUAAUACGUUGCAGAAUGUCGACGCUGUUUUAGCCGAUCUAUCGACUAUAUCGGUUAUACCGCUUCUGCAAUUGGCUUUGAUGAGAGCUUAGAAGUCCUGGCGGAUUUUUGCGGGAUUGAAGUUGACUUUUGCUCAGUUUUUUUAGAGAUUAUAUAAAUCAAAUUAUCUUUUUGUAAUGUGACAUGAAUGACACCCUAAUGACAACCUAAAUACGAUAAACAGUUUAGUUGAGUGGGAUCGAUGGACAAAUAUAACCCGGUCUGUAGGUACACAAGCACACUACAAACGUUACUGGAAUCAUAUAUCCGCGAUGUAUUUGUAUCAAAAAGUAAUGACCAUUUGUAAUUGAAUAGACCAAAAAGAAAAGGAAUAAAAAGAAAUAAUUUUUAAUCUACGACACUAGAAGGUCAUCACUAGGUAAACAAAGAUUUUAAAGAGACUUCAACAAAUCUAAAAUGAAAAGGGGACAAGAAAUUUUUGUUAUAUAAAUAUUUAUGAACAUUGUUUUUGUAUAGUGUUUUCUAGACAUUUUUUUUUGUAGAAGUUUGUAAAUUAAUAAAAGGAGUACAA